AUGGCUGAUCAAUCUGAAAAGAUGGAAAUCUUUGAACAUGAAAUUCCCUUCAAUCCUCUAACAUCAUACUAUUAUAUAGAUGAAAUAACAGUUUACAAUAAAGGACAACAGAUGGAGUUUGUGAAAAUUUUGAGAUUAGUAAAAUGUCUUGACCUCUCUAGUAAUAACUUGUCAGGUAACAUUCUUCAUAAUAUUGGAUCCCUCAAAGGUUUGAUUAUUCUUAACAUUUCAAGAAAUCAUUUCAGUGGUGAGAUUCCUAAAUCUAUUGGAGAGAUGACACUACUUCAAUCACUUGAUCUUUCACAAAAUGGAUUGUCAGGGGCUAUUAUUACUGAGCUACAACUUCUCACGUCCUUAAGUUUCUUUAAUGUAUCUUGUAAUAAGCUAUCAGGGAUGAUACCACAAGGAGGACAAAUGACGACAUUUGAUUCUACAUACUUCUCCAAUAAUUCAGGUCUAUGUGGUCUACAAAUAUAUGUGCCAUGUUCAAGUAACCCUCCCAAUUCUCCAAAGGUACAUGAAGAAAAUAAUGAAGAUUCAGAGGAUGAUUUCUGGUGGGAUAUGGGAAUGGCAACAGACUAUGUAGUUGCCUUUUCAAUUUCUUUAGAUAUAAGUGGUGCAGUCUUUCUAAUGCAGCUUGGAGAUUUUCCUGAAGAUUAUGUAACGGAUUUGAUAUCCUUACAGAUGAAUGUACUAGCACUGGAUAAUACAUUGAUUAAAUGGGAAAGAAGUAGUGUAGGUGAAGGGAAAGGGAAAGGGAAAGAGGCUUUAAGUACUGUUCAAUAA